AUCCGGCGGAGUCCCGUUUCAAUUUGUUUCUUCUUCCCUAGAUUUAAUUGCAAGGUCUUCAUGAAUUCAAGAAUUGCUGGAGAAUCCACAGUUUCCUGCAAAUCGGGAAACAAGAACGCCUUCUUCUGGAUCCUCUUUUGCUUGCUUCCCAAGUUUCUUGGAACUCCUGUCGCAUACCUCAGCCUUAUCUCGUUCAAGGCCAUUGAUAGGAGUCUUGCAGUAAUCAUCAUUUAGGAUACUUGUCAGGGGGGUCAUCAAUCGUGUUUCAGUCGAUCGAUUUGCUUAUUUGGCAACAUGGUUUCAUCACAGUUAUCUGGUCUGACCAAGGGUCGUACAUGUAAACCAUUUGAUGCUCAGUUGCUAUUCACUGCAAACCCCCCGGAAGCUGUUUUGCCUUGUCAGGUUGAAGUAGAUUUUUCCGAUGUGUUCGGUCCCCUGCUAAUUCAGGACUCAAUAGAAGUCAAUUGUGGUGAAUUAGAGAAUACUGAUUCAGCUAAGGAUGCGAUCGAGCUUGUUUAUGAUGAACCAGCUAUUGUUUACAGCCAAUCGCAUUCUUUGCUCGGUCCCUCUCCUCUUGUCAGUCCAUCCUUGAAGCUAAGAAAACUCACUUUAUGUGAGACAAGGGAUGCAGUGGAUCUUGUAGAACUUAUUGACGAAGAAACCAACAACGAAGAGGAUGAGCUCUCUGUUGAAGAUGGUGACAACAACAAGUCCCAAGAAGAUUUUAAUGGAGAUCACAUGAAGGUCAGCAGUAUUGGUGUUGAGGACUUUGAGGUGUUGAAGGUGGUCGGGCAGGGCGCAUUCGGAAAAGUUUAUCAGGUAAGGAAAAAGGGCACACAAGAAAUUUAUGCGAUGAAGGUUAUGCGGAAGGACAAGAUAAUGGAGAAGAAUCAUGCAGAGUACAUGAAAGCAGAGAGGGAUAUUUUAACUCAAGUUGAUCACCCUUUCAUUGUUCAGCUCAGAUACUCAUUUCAAACCAAAUAUAGGUUGUACCUUAUUUUAGAUUUCAUUAACGGAGGGCAUCUUUUCUUUCAACUUCACCAUCAUGGACUUUUCAGAGAGGAUCUGGCUCGUAUAUACACUGCUGAAAUCGUUUCUGCGGUUUCACAUCUUCAUGCAAAUGGCAUAAUGCAUAGGGAUCUUAAACCUGAAAAUAUCCUUUUGGAUGCUGAUGGCCAUGUAAUUUUGACUGAUUUUGGCCUGGCUAAGCAAUUUGACGAAAAUACAAGAUCAAACUCAUUGUGUGGAACAGUCGAAUACAUGGCACCUGAAAUAAUUACUGGGAAGGGCCAUGAUAAGGCUGCAGACUGGUGGAGUGUUGGUGUUUUAUUAUUUGAAAUGCUUACUGGAAAGCCUCCUUUUACUGGAAACAGGGAAAAGAUUCAAAAGAUUGUUAAGGAGAGGAUGAAGCUGCCUAAAUACCUUUCUAGUGAAGCACAUUCUCUGCUGAAAGGGCUGCUACAUAAAGAUCCGAGUAAGCGCCUUGGAAGUGGACCGACCGGAAGUGAGGAAAUAAUGCGAUGCAAGUGGUUGAAGACAAUAAACUGGAGGAAACUAGAGGCGAGGGAGAUCCAGCCCAGUUUUCGUCCUGAAAUCGCCGGGAAGCGUUGCAUUGCAAACUUCGAUAAGCAAUGGACAGACAUGCAGUUGACGUUUUCUCCUGCGUCUAGCCCGAAAAGCAACACAAACCCUUUCACAGAUUUCAAUUAUAUAAGACCUGCUGCAACCAACCCUUUACAUCAGAGUAGUUCAUCAUAUAAGUUUGUCUUGGCUUAGCCUUGGCAUUUUGCUCACCUAUAACAAACCCGAAA